AAAAAGUUAAUAAUAGGAACAUGAGCUAUAAAUUAAGAUGUUCUCUAAAUUUUGAUGAUAAAUAUAUUUUUUUAAUAGUGUGAAAGACUGAAAAACAGAAAUGAUACUUUGUAUGACAUUAUGUCAACAAAUUUAAAAAAGAAUUGUUACGAUAUUAUUUUCACGAUGAAAGAAUGAUGCGUAGAUUAUCUAAUUUGUUUAUGACUUUGAAACCAUCCACAAAACAACUUAAUCGUAACUUCACAUCCACAGAAAUAUCAACUGCUUUGCGCCCCUUUUACUUUUCUGUUCAUCCAGAUUUAUUUGGACAGUAUCCACUCGAAAGAGCUACAAACGAAUCGUCUUUACAACAGUUGAGUUCAAUUUUGGAGAAUAUUAAAUCAUCUAGAUUAAGCAGACCUGUGAGUUUGAAUUUUUAUGUUAAACAUAAAAGGAACAGUUCAGAGAAAUUUCGUCUAGUGAAAAUAAAUUUUCAAGAUAAUGAUUUACGUGCAGCAUUGAUAACUAUUCUUAAAAGCUGUAAUCUUCCAACAGAUUAUGUUGAUAGUAUCAUACCUCCACAACAAACCUCAAGUGACCCAAAUGAUCCAAAUUUCAAAUUUAAAUAUCAAAAUGACAUUGAUUUCACAAAAGUUAAUGAAAAUCAUCCAAUAUUUGCUCAUAUUAAAAUGCAAAUGAACAUAAAAGAAGCCCAAGAUUUAUUAAAAUUGAGAAAUUAUUUGAGAAAAAAUGCUCCCGAAGCAAUGAAAAGAUCUCAAAAGGGAGAUAUUCAUAGAGAAGAAGCAAGAAGACUCCAAGAUUCUAUCAUUUAUGAUAUAGGAAUUAAAGAUAUACGUUGGGAUUGUGGUUGGAAUAAUGAACAUCGAAGAGGAUGUAUGCUUAGUUUUAUGUCUCUAGUGACACAUCACCCUUCAAUUAAACCUGUGUUGAAGGGUAGAGUUUUAGUGUUUUCUUCAUUUUUUACUGGGGUUAGUCUCGAUGGCCAUAUUAUGCUUUACAACGGAGAAGUUCGUCAUAAUUGGUUAGAUUUUCUUAAAAAUGUAGAUCAGUAUGAUGCUGCCUUGAUGAGAAUUCCGGCUUUUGAAAAAUCUUUAUCACACGUUUUAAGAAAUAUUAAAAUAGGUAGAAGGAAAUUCAUGCCUAAAAUUGUAGCUGGUCAGUAUGAGAACAACCUUAAACAAAUAACAACAUCUCUCAGUGAUUAUAUUGGAAAAAGACAUCUACCAGAAGAAUGGCCAAGCUCUUUAGAAGAAUUCGAAAUAGUAGUAGAAACUGAAGCUGGUCCUGUUAUGGUAUCACCUACGGGACAAUUCAUAGUACCGUCCACAAUUCCUGGAUCUUAUUUAGUCAAUUUUAUCACAAAUAAUUUAGAUCAUGCCUCCAAGAAAAUGACAAUAUACAAAAGUAACAAAUACCUUGAACGAGCCUUGAAUAAAAAAUGCAUCGAAGAGUUAGACCUUGCUGUUUUAACCAAGGAAGACAAUAUUACACCGGAUUUGAUGAUAAAAUGUUGUGAACAAUUAUUGAGACAUAAACAUGAAAUUCAACCUUAUACUAAAGAUCUGCGUUUAAAUAUAUCAAGCUAUUAUUCAGUACUUUCUGACGGAUUACUGAGUAUACCUUGGAAUUUCGUUUUGUGAAUAUAUUUUAUUUAACAAGUGAAUUAAUAGGUUUAAAAAACUUCCAAUAGUUUCCUGUGUUAUAGUGAAUAAAAUUUUCUUUUUAUUCUAA